UUUUAUUUUAUUUUUAUUUUUUUUGUAUCACCCUUGUUCAUUUGAUCACCAUCUUCUGUUUUGGGACUGUAGUACAUUGCUUACCCGAUCAUAGACGACUCCAUUCCAAUACAUCUUAUCCAGAUCAACCCAUCAUUCAGAUAACUUCCCAGUUUCCUAGAUUUACACCUUUUUCUAGUUGAACAAGAAGGGAGAAGAGGUUCUUCUACUGCUAAGAUGGACAAAGUUCUCGAAUUGGCCUCGCAAAACGCAGUGGUGAUCUUUAGCCUGACUUCAUGUUGCAUGUGUCAUUCCAUCAAGAGUCUCUUUUGUGACCUUGGGGUCCACAUUGCCACCCAUGAGCUCGAUGAGGUACCUAGAGGGAGGGAAAUAGAGAAGGUGCUCGGUGGGCUAAUGGACCAAACUCCGCCUGUACCGGCGGUGUUUAUAGGCCGUAAACUGAUAGGGUCUACCAAAGAGGUUAUGUCUCUCCACUUAGGUGGCGAAUUGAUACCGUUGCUUAAAGCAGCCGGAGCUAUUUGGCUUUAGUAUCAUUAAGCCCCGCUUUGAUACCAUGCAGGAGAACGAGUAUUUCACUAGUACAGAGGUUUCUUGCUUUGGUUAUGCAUUCCAUAAGGGAAGGUUUUAUAAGAAAAAAAAAAACAAUAAUAAUAAGUAAAUGGCAAUAUUUUUACCUUUUUCUUAUGUUUUACCUGUACUAUCUUAUCUUUUUUGUUAAGGAGUUCAAAUAUUAAUAAAGAGUUGCUCAUCUCUCUUGCUUCU